AUGCGUGAUAUUCAAAUACGUAUCCUUCAUUUACUUGGGUCACUUGGUGGAUACAGUAAAUUAAUGUUUGAAGGUAUCGACAACAUUGGAAUGCUAAAUAGUGCAAUCAUCUCUAAAAAUUCCGGAUCGUUUAAUCGUUAUCUUGCUUGGGAUCCUGAAAAACGAUUAAUUUUCGGUAUUCCAUACCCUGACAUCAAAAUUGAUAUCUCACUUGAUGAGCUAUUACCACGUAUUGUAGAAAUUUCUGAAUCUGCAACCGAUAGAAAAGCAAAAGUAGUGGCAUGUGAACUUUUGCAUUCAAUAAUGUUAUUUAUGAUUGGUAAAAGUGCAUAUCAAGUUCAUACUAGAAUUGGUCCACAGCAG